AUGGCAGUUCCAAAAAAACGUACUUCCAUAUCAAAAAAACGAAUUCGUAAGAAUAUUUGGAAAAGGAAGGGGUAUUGGGUAGCAUUAAAAGUUUUUUCAUUAGCGAAAUCUCUUUCUACAGGGAAUUCAAAAAGUUUUUUUGUACAACAAGAAAUAAAUAAUUAA